AUGGAAUCAAGCUCAAGUACCGGAUCACCGCCCGGUGCCUCCGCAACCGGUGCUAUUCGUACCCGAAAUAAACCACCUAUUGCCAAGAGAGCUUGCGACCAAUGCAAAUUCCGCAAGAUCAAGGUAACCCUCCCCCUUGUGAUACGUAUCAGAUAUAUCAAAUGUAUCGAUUCAGGCAUUGACAGGCCUCUAAAGAAGCGGGGACCAACGGGCCAUCGAGUAUCGCAAAUUCGACAACAGCAAACUUUGCCAACUCCUCAAGAGGAAGCACUCUCUAAACAAAGAACUUUUCAAUAUCAUACACCCACUUCAUCCGUGGAGUCCGGUGGUUCUUUACCAGGAGCACCUUGGACUCCCAAUCAUGGCCCAGUCACAAUGCCCCUAGAGGGGGCUGCAGGGCUGGCGCCGUCAGCUCCACCUCCUCCAGUGGGAGCGGCUUGGGGUGCAGAUACCCAAUCUAUGGAUUCUCACAGCAGUGGCGCAAUGGGCUGGAAUGAACGAAAUGACGUGGAAUAUUGGCUUCCAGAUAAUUUGGAUGCCCAAGUCCCCGUCUUUGAAUAUCCAGGAAGCAAUGUCUACCUCAAACCGUCUCUCCCAUCUAUAAUCCAGCCAGUUCCCGAUGCCGCGGGAAUGGGCAUACCCCAGGAGGCUCACAAUAUGCCAUAUUCACCAUCCCCAAACGUGGGUUCCAUGCACUCAGAUAACCAGGAAAGCGAAGCAUAUUGGCCGUCUACCAUCAACGAAGUGAACAUGAUUCCUUGGAUCGAUGUCUACUUUGACCGAUUACAUCCGACAAUUCCCGUUCUUAGUCGAUCUUCCCUGUACACAUCAAUGCUUACCCAGGAACAUCGCAGGAACCCGCAAUUCGGGGCGAUGCUUUUGUCACUCUGUGCUUUUUCGCUCACACAGCCAAUUGAAAUCAACGAGCGGCCGACAACCUCUUCCCGGGCUAUCCAGGCACGCGCCAUGAUGCACGAGGCCACGAAGAUGCGGAGCUGUUCAGACUUUGGCGAGAACCCAACCAUCGAAGCUGUUUUGACAAGUUUCUUCCUCUUCGGGUGCUUAUUUGGGAGCAAUCAACAUAAUGCUGCAUGGCUUCGAAUGCGGGAAGCUUUAGAUCUUGCCGCUACCCUUGGACUGAAUAACCCGGAGUCAUAUCACGAUCUACCGGGAGAAGAGAAAGGCCAGAGAUUACGAACAUAUCUAGUCCUUUCAAUCACAGAGCGAGCCUAUGCCUUACAGCGACGCCACCCAAUCACAUUCUGGGGCAAACCCGGCUUCACCAUGCGAUCAGUACACGACUUUAUCCUCAGCGCCACGCACAGCGUUGUAUCCGGUAUCAUAGUACACAACGAAAAAGAUGCCGAAGGCAUGAUGGGCCUCGCGCGAAUGAUGGAACUGUUCGACGCCAUUGACGAGGAUGUAAUCGACUGCUGGAACCGUCGAUGCGACGUCCCCAACGGGUACUGCCAGCGACUCACCGAGGCCAAAGCGCUCGCCAUCCACCACAACCUCAGUCGAAUCAACCAAGCUGAGCGGUAUCGCGGCUACGACUGGUUCGAGCGCGCCAAGGGAGGUCGUGGCGAAAGCAGCAAUAUCGUUCUUGCCAUGGGUUUACGAGAAACGCAAGCUGCGGAUGUCUUCGUUACGCAGAAAUGGCUGCAGAACCGUGUUUGGAUUCUUUGUGCCACUCAUGGUCUUCUGAGUGCCCACUCUGAGCGGCCGGAGUUGACCUUUGGCUAUGCUGUUGCCCUUGCUGAGUCAACGCUUCAGUUAUGUCAAUCAUUACGGCUCAGUUCUAUGGAAGCACAUGGUAUUGGAUUUACCGAAAAGCUGUUCGAUAUCGCUAUCUGCGCCACAAACAUCCUUUGCAACACCAGUCCACCCCUUGGCGGCGGCGCCUUGAACAUCCCCGUCAACUUCACCAUAAAUACGACCUCUACACCACAAAGUCUCGCAGAUGACUUUUUGUUACUAAUGACGAGUUUCCGGGGCGGGAAUCACCCCUUCCUGGAAAAGUUUCGGGCCCAUUUACACUCGCUACAGAUCAUACCACUCAAGCAGGAAUGGCCGCAGCGGUGA